AUGAUAAUCCCGAUUCGAUGCUUUUCGUGCGGAAAGGUUGUCGGAGACCUGUGGGAGCGUUAUUUGCAGCUGCUAGACGAGGGAAUUCCAGAUGGUGAUGCAAUGGACCAGUUGGGUUGCAAGCGAUAUUGCUGUCGCCGAAUGAUAAUGACCCAUGUUGAUUUGAUUGAGAAAUUACUUCGGUAUAACCCGGCUGAAAGAGAUCGUGCGAAAGCUCAAAUAUAA